AUACCUGCAAAUCAUCCUAACCAGAAAGUCUCAACCGUGGCAGCUACUCGACUAGAACCUUGUUUUGCAUUCACAUCCAAUUGAGCCAACAUGAGAUCUCCACUUUGCCUCUACCAGUUUUGGGGACUGUUUUUUCACUGUUGUGGUGUACCCAGUUCUCAAAAGCAGUGGUUAAGCUCAUUGACCCCAACGAUUGCUCCAUUGACAGCAUCCAGAAAUAUCCCAUGGCUAGUGUCCGUGGCUGAAACCUGCCAGAGUGUUAUUCUGAGUCGGUGGUGGGUACUCUCCACAGCCAGCUGUCUGUGUAAACUGAAACAUUUGCACUCUGACAUUUCAGGGAUCACUGACCAAGAAGAUAUCUUAAUUGGCAAAAAAAUAUGCCUGCACCCCAGUUUUGAUCCACAAGUUGGAAUGAAUCCAGUCAAAGGAGUUAUAGGAGUGGUCCUUCUUCAGUACCCUAUUAGAGGGGAAAAAAUACCACUUUAUCAGACUCACAACAUCUUCUGGAAGAGCUGUUAUAACUGCCAGUACAGACACUGCAGGGUAUACCAAUAUCAGAAGCACAAUAACUUUGGAACCAGUAUCAAAACGCUGUCAGUUAAACUGCUGGACCUCUCAUUCUGCCUCCAUCGACACAUCCACCUGACCAAAAGUAACAAUUUAUGCAUCUGGAGUCAGCCACAAGAAGACUGCUGGGUACAGCAGGGUAGUCCUGUUCUCUGUCUUUUUGGCAAACACUGGAAACUGGUGGGCUUGGUCAGUGAAUCCUCAAUGGCCUGUGAUGACCCUGUUCUUGUCAUCAAGACAGCUCCAUAUUUAUCUUGGAUGAAAUGGUUUAUCAAGACAUCCCAGAAGACACUGGAUCCUAUUUUUUCUCUACUCUGCAAUUUUACUCCAGGGUUAGAACAUGGUCCACAAGACAGGCUUAGCCUGAACAGGGAAACUGCCAUUUUGACCUCCCAUGGAUUCUCUCUACAGUCAUGGAAGAGAAGAUUAGGCACUUUCCCACUGAACAGACAGCGCCGGAAUCCUCCUCCCAUAUUUUUUCAUUCAAAUAGUAGAGACUAUUUUCCAGGCAAUAGAGAGUUACAUCUUCAAACUAGUCAGAUCUCCUCAACUAGCCAAUUCCCAAUGAUACAAUCUUGGACCUCUCUUGUUACCAAACAAUGGGAUCCUUCUGUUAUGUCUGAGCCCUGGAAUACCCCGACAGUUGAUACUUCUGAAAUUUUGGUUAUUUCUGGAACACCAAAGCCUCCAACACCUGAUAAAUCUAUACCCUGGGGCCUUCCUCAGAAAAAUACAAUGAACUAUCAAUACCAAACUAUGACCAAUUCAGUAAAUUCUUGGGUUAAUCCUUUAGCUGGUAAAAUUGGGCUUCAUACACUGCCAUUAGUUAAUUCUGCUAUAUCCAGCGUUUUGUUUUCAAGUGGCAUAGAUGGAUCCCAACUUCUUUCUGGGGUUAAUACCGUACAGUCUCAAGUUCAAUCUAGUAGGUUUCCUUUUCAUGGUCAACUUCUAGCUAGACCCUGGCUGGAAAUUACCCCUGACAUUGGACCUUGGAAACAUACUGUACCUGAUAAAACAGAAACAGUGAUGCAGAUCCAAUCUACUGAAGAGAAUGUUGGAAGCCAAAUACACCAUGUAGUUGAUAGAGUUCACACUGCUUUUAAACCAAUAACUUACAACUUGAAUGGAUGGGUUCCUUUAACAGUUAAUAAAAAUGAAUUCUGGACCCAUUCCACACUAAAUGCAGAUGGAUCUCUGUAUCCUACAGUAACUCUUACCUUGGAACCUUGGUUCAAGUCAGUCUUGAAUUUAGGUGGAUCCCAAGAACUUAUAGAAAAAACUAAUGAAUACUGGAGUCUCCCUGAAUCUAAGUCAGCUCAAUUAUGGACUUCCUCAGCACUUAAUAUUCCUUUUACCUGGAUUCCAUCUUCAAGCAAUAAUAUUAAGUCUUGGGAAAAAUAUAAGACCAGUAUUAUCAAAGCAUCAAGUCAAAUGGAUAGAAUAAGUCCAUUGAUUGAACAUGAUGAGUCUAUUAUGGUCAAACCCCAGAUUCAAACUGCAGAUACAACAUGGUUUUUGAUACCUACUAUUACAAAUGUAAUUAAGCCUUUUGUUCAGUCUAAAGCUGUUACAAUUAGACCCUUGACUAAACCUGAAGCUGACAUAGUCCAAACCUGGACCCAGCCAGAAGCCCAAAUAAGAAAACAACUGACUCAGCUGAAAGCAGAUAAAAUCAGACGAUGGUUACAGACUAAAGCUGAAAAAAUCAGAUCCUGGAUUCAGCCUAAGUUUCAAAUAGUCAGAGCUAGAGCCCAGAAUGAAAAUGUUAAAGACAAAUAUUGGACCCAGCCAGAAGCAGAUAUAAUUAGAUCCAUGACCCACACUGAAAUUAAAACAAUCAGACGUGAGAACAAGCCUAAAGCUGGUGUGGCCAGAUCCUGGUUAUGGACUAGGUCUAAUCAAAUGAGAACAAGUUCCCAGCCAGACUUUCAAACACUCUACCCUUGGACUCAGCCUGAAGUUGACAUAGUAAGACCAUGGACUCAGUCUGAAGCUGGUAGCAUCCAACCAUGGAUGAAACCUGAAGCAUCAACAUUCAAAAUCUGGACACAGUCUAAAGUUAAUACAGUUACACCCUGGACAAGGUCUGGAGAUGAUGCAGCUAGACUUUGGUUGCAAAUACAAACCAAUACAGUCAGGACAUGGAGCCAACCUGAAUCUCAAACAACCAUUUCCUGGUCUGAGCUUGAAGCUGAUAGAGUCAGAUCUUGGUUGCAAACUCUAAUGCAUACAUUAAAACCUUGGAUUGAGACAGAAAUUCAGACAGCUCUCUUCAGGACCCAACCUGACGGUGACAUAGCCAGGUUUUGGACUAAAUCUGAGACUAACAAUGUCAGACAUUGGUUCCAGACUCAAGUGGACACAGCCACAAUAUGGACAGAGACAGUAUCCCAAGCAGCCCACCCAUGGAUACAGUCCAAAACAGAAAUAGUCAGGCCGUGGAACCAGCCUGUGGCAGACAACUUAAGAGCCUGGAUACAACAUGACAUUUAUACUGUAAGGCCCCGGGAUAAGCUUGAAGGUGAUAAAAUUAGAUUCUGGACACAGUCUGAAUCUGACACAAGUCCUUGGAUUCAGCCAGAUAUAGGUAUAAUCAAAUCUGGGACACAAAAUGAAGGGGAUACAUCGACACCAUGGGCAUGGGUGCAGGCUGAGACUCCAGAAGUUAAUCCUUGGGUUCAGACUGAAACUGAAACAGUUAUAGUCUCAACCAAGGGAGAAGCUCCAGCAAUUAAUCAAUGGACAGAGGUUUUACCUGAUGCUGCAUGGGCAAAGACUGAAUUUCCAGGACAAAAGCUCUUGACAUAUCCUUUGUCUCAUACAGCUGCACAGUGGACUCAGCCUGAACUGCCAGUGGCCAGUCUCUGGACACAACCUAUAGAUGAUACAGUCACUCAGUGGAACCAUGAUGAACCUUCAGAAAUAAAUUCCUCAACGAGGACUAUAGUUGAUACAGCCGUGAGGACACAAGCUGAAUCUCCAGCAGUGAAUCCCGGGAUACAGUCUGAAAAUGAUACAGUCACAUCAUGGACCCCGGAUGAAUCCCUAGUAAUAAAUCCUUGGACAAAGUCUGUAGGUGAUACAGUCACACAGUGGGCCCAGGGUGAACCUUCAGAAGUACUUCCUCGGGUAAAAAUUGCAGCUGAUACACCAUGGAUGCAGGUGGAAUCCCCAGCACUAAAACCCUGGAUGCAGUCUGAAAGUGAUAUAGUCACUCCAUGGAUACAGGUUGAAUCCCCAGCACUAAACCCCUGGAUGCAGUCUGAAAGUGAUAUAGUCAAACCAUGGAUACAGGUUGAGUCCCCAGCAGUAAAUCCCUGGAUACAGUCUGAAACUAACACUGUCCUACUAUGGAAUCAGGCUGAAUCUCCAGCAGUCAAUCCCUGGAUAGAUACUAUAGCUGGGACAGGCACUCAGUGGACCCAAGCUGAAUCUCUAGCAGUAAAUUCUUGGACACAGCCUAUAGCUGAUACAGUCACAGUGUGGACUCAGGAUGAGCCUCCAUUAUUACAUUCCUGGAAAAAGUCUAAAACCCAUACACUUACAACAUGGACUCUGACAGAAUCUUUAGCAGGAAAUUUCUGGAGACCAUAUGAAACUGAUAGUACCUCAUUGUGGACCAAGGGAAAUCUAGAAGUAAAUCCUUGGGCACAAUCUGAAACUGAUGUAGUCACAGCUUGGACCCAGGCAGAAACUCCUGGAAUAAAUUCAUGGCCACAACCUAUAGCUGAAAUAAUUUCAUCAUGGACUCUGGCUGAUUCUCCAGCAGUAAAUCCCUGGACAGAUACUGUGUCUGAUAGUGUUAUACUGUCGACCCAGCUUGAAUCUCCAGUAGUAAAUCCAUGGUCACAAUCUAUUCCUGAUGUGGACACACUGCAGACCCUGACUGAUUCCAUAGCAUUAAAUCCCUGGACAGAGCCUGUAUCCGAUACUGUUAUACAGUUGACCCAGAGUGAACCUCCAGCAGCAAUUCAGUGGACAAAAACUGUAUCCAGUACAGUUACAUCAUUUACUGGGGAUGAAUUUCCUGCAAUAGAGACCUGGAUAGACCCUUUGGCUGAUAUAUUAUUGUGGACCCAGACUGAAACUCUAGUAGUAAAUCCCUGGACAGAGACUAUAGCUUCCACUCUCACAUCAUGGACCCAGACAAAAUCACCAACAGUAAAUUCACUGACAGAGGUUGUAGCUGCCACAGUAAUACCAUGGAAUCAGGCUGAAUCUGCAAGAGUAAAUCCCUGGAUGGAUGCUGUAGCUUUCACAGUAUCACUGUUGACUCACGAUCAAUCUCCAUCAGUGAAAACCUGGACAGAGGGUGUACCUUUCACAAUCACACCACUAACUCAUGCUGAAUCUCUGGCAAUAGUGUCUAUGACAAAGGGAGUAUCUGAUGCAAUCUUAUUGUGGAACCAAGCUGAAUUACCUCCAGUAUAUCCUUGGACACAGUCUGAAACUGAUGCAAUCAUACAGUGGACUCAGGGUGAAUCUUUAAAAAUAAAUCCUUGGACAGAACCUGACACAAUAACACCAUGGACUCAUGGUGAGUCCCUAGCAGUAAAUCCUUGGACAGAUGCUGCAGGUGACACAGUAACACAAAUGAACCUAGUUGAAUAUCCUUCAGUACAUCCUUGGACAACAUUUGAAAUGGAUAAUGUCACAUUCUGGACCCAGGCAAAUUCUGAAAUCAUAAAUCUAUUGACACAGACUAUAGUUGAUAUAGUCACACUGUGGACCCAGGCUGAAUCUCCUGCAGUGAAUCCCUGGACACCAUCUGAAACUAACACAGUCACACCAUGGACCCAGGCUGAAUCUGCUACAAUAAAUCUCUGGACCCAGGCCAAAACUAAUCUAGUCACACUGCAGACCCAUGGUAGAUAUCCGGCAUUAAAUCCCUGGGCAGAUCCAGAAACUAACACAUUUAGAUCAUGGUCUCAGGUUGAGUCUUCAAGAGUAAAUCCAUGGACACAGUCUGAAACUGACACAGUCUCACCAUGGACCCAAGCUGAAUCUGCUACUAUAAAUCUCUGGACACAACCUGAAAAUGUUAUAGUCACACUGUGGAUCCAGGCUGAAUCUCUUGCAACAAAUCCCUGGACACGGCCUGAAAAUAACUUAGUCACACCAUGGACCCAGAAUGAAUUGCCAGAAGAAAACACCUGGACAGAGGCUUUUUCUGAAACAUUCGUACCAUGGACUAUGGGAUUUUUUCCAACCAUAAAGCCCUGGAUAGAGACUGUAUCUGUUAAAGUCAUACCAGGAACCAAAUAUCAAUUUUCAGAAGUAAAACUUUGGACACUGGAGUUGUCUAGAACAUUGGACACUGAGAUAGGUACAGUCAAAAUGUGGACUCAGUCAGAAUCUCCAUCCUUAAUUCCCAGGAUAGAAGCUAUAGCUUCCAUAGUCCCACUGUGGACUCAGGCUGAACAACUAGCUGUAAAUCAAAACCCUAGAGCUGAUAGGGUCACAAAAUGGACACAGACUAAAUCUCCAUCAGUAAAUACUUGGACUCAGGUUCAGUUUCCAGCCAUAAAUCCAUGGUCACAGUCUGAAUCACCAGAAGUAAAUAUCUUAACAGAGUACAAAUCUCCAGCCCUAAACCCAUCAGUUGAAUCUGAGGGUAGUAUAGGCACAUUGUGGACUCAGACUGAAUCUCCAUUAGUAAAUCCUUGGAUAGAGCCUGUGGCUUCCAUAGUCAUUCCAUGGACACAAGCUGAAUAUCCAACUGUAAGUUCAUUUACACAGGCUGUAGCUGAUACAAUUAUACUGUGGGCUCAAGCUGAAUCUCUAGAAUUAAAUCCCUGGACAAAGUCUAUAGCAGAUACAGUCACAGUGUGGGUCCUGGAUGAAUCUUUAAGAGCAAAACCUUGGACACAGAUGUUAGCUUCAUCAGAUAAAAUUUGGACCCAAGCCAAAAUAGUAAAUCCAUGGUCUACUUUCGGAAUAUUUCCACAAUUCACCCAAAUUCAAUCUGUACUGGUUAAAACUGGAACACAAUUUGAGAGUGACACAGUCACAGCAUUAACUCAGGGUCAGGCUCUUGCUCUGAAUCCCUGGACAGAGAUUGUGACUUCCAGAGACAUUCCAUGGACACAAGCUGUACAUCCAGCAGUAAAUCCCUGGACAGAGGCUAGUACAUCCAGAUUUAUUUCAUGGACCCAAGCUGUGCCUCCAGCAGUAAAUCCCUGGACUGUCACUUCCACCCAAGCUGAACCUCCAGAAGUAAAUCUCUGGACAGAGGUUGUCACUUUUAGAGCCACUCCAUGGACCCAAACUAUACCUAUAGCAAUAAAUAUCUGGACAGAGGCUUUCACUUCUAGAAUCAUUCCAUGGACGCAAGCUGUACCUCCAGCAGUAAAUCCCUGGAGAGAAGCUAUCACUUCCAGAGUCACUCCAUGGAACCAAAUUGUACCUCCAGCAGUAAAUCCCUGGACAGAGGCCAUCACUUCCAGAAUCACUCCAUGGACCCAAGUUGUACCUCCAGCAGUAAAUCCCUGGACAGAGGCCAUCACUUCCAGAAUCACUCCAUGGACCCAAGUUGUACCUCCAACUGUAAAUCCCUGGACAGAGGCCAUCACUUCUAGAGUCACUCCAUGGACCCAAGUUGUACCUCCAGCAGUCAAUCCCUGGACAGAGGCCAUCACUUCCAGAAUCACUCCAUGGACCCAAGCUGUACCUCUAACUGUAAAUCCUGGGACAGAGGCCAUCACUUCCAGAAUCACUCCAUGGACCCAAGUUGUACCUCCAGCAGUCAAUCCCUGGACAGAGGCCAUCACUUCCAGAAUCACUCCAUGGACCCAAGCUGUACCUCUAACUGUAAAUCCUGGGACAGAGGCCAUCACUUCCAGAGUCACUCAAUGGACCCAACUUGUACCUCCAGCAGUAAAUCCCUGGACAGAGGCCAUCACUUCCAGUGUCACUCCAUGGACCCAAGCUGUACAUCCAGCAAUAAAUACCUGGACAGAGGCUGGUGUAUCCAGAUUCAUUCCAUGGACCCAAGCUGUAUCUCGAGCAUUAAAUCCCUGGAUAGAGGCUAUCACUUCCAGAGUUAUAUCAUGGACCCAAGCUGUACCUCCAGCAGUAAAUCCCUGGACAGAGGCUGGUACAUCUAGAGUCACAUCAUGGAACCAAGGUGUGUUUCCAAGACUAAAGCUUCUACAGUGA